AUGAUGCACGAAGAAACCAAGUACCGUUUCUCAUCAGUCGCCGAGGCUGUAUCUCACCAAAGUCUCAUAUAUGGCCUCCACCAAGAAGAUCAAACCACAACUAUAACCAGGUAUGUCAGAGUCCUUGGUAUGGAAAUUGCCAGAAAGGGCAACUUUCCUUUCGUGGUUGGACUUUUGUGUGGAAAACAAUGUUGAAGUGCACGAAGAGACAUUUUGCGACCUAUUAAAACGUCUGACAGGAACAAAACUCAAUCCAGAGCAUAUUUCUUCUCAAUUUUCCCAUCUGGUCAGGAACGAACGAAGUCAAAGCCUUAUUGGGCUCACAGUGACUGACCUCCGAUUAAAGGGCUCCAAGUGCUUGAAUCGAGUUUCAAUCAAAGAACGGAAGCUGAUUGAAGAGAUGACCACACAUUUCCGAGAGGUCUACCCCGAGCUUAUUGGUGAGCCCUCUGCGAAAAAUAUGACCAACAGUCCCUUGAUAGACCGUGCCGCGGCACUUAUGAGUCUACGCCGAGGGAUGCAAACGCAAUUGCAACCAGACAAACAGGACCACGAUGAGGGAAAACGGAAAGCAUGCGAUGAAGAAACUCAAGCUGAUGAUAAUGUAAGCGAGCAACAAUUCUUCUGCGCUACUCUCCCUGACAACAUCUGGAUUAGAAUGACCAAAUGAUUGAAGCACGGAGAGACAAAGCAAUGGAUCAACAUUUACAAACGACUGCUAUUGGACUUACAGAUAAACCUCUGCCAUCACCGGAACAUCGAAGCAAGAAACGUGCAAGAAUAGCAUUCGAAGACCAAGACUUCCGCCAGCCCACCUUGAAUGUGCAAGAAGGCAUAUCGCCAAUGAAUCAACCGCAAGAAAAACACCGUACGCCACUUGAGAGAAGGCUGAUAUCAGAAGUCAAAAGAAGCAUGAUGGAAAUUCGCGAGAUGCGGGAUGAAUGGAAUCGAGAAGUACAGGAGCUCGCCAAGCGAGAGGAGAACCAGAAAUCAACGAUUCAAACACUGCGCAAAGAGAAAACGCAUUUGGAGUCUGCAAGAGACGAACGCAAAAAUACCGGAGAGUCAUCCAUUAAAGAUGUUUUGUACCUCAAAAAUGAAGAGAUAUGGAAAUUAACGAAGAGAAUAAAGGAGAUGGAGAAACUCGCCCACUUCACUCGAGUUGAGUCGACAUCACCUCUGCUAUGCUGGGAAGAGGUCACAAAUACCAUGAGCGUCCUUUCUUCAGAGCUGAAUUUGAUCUUGACUGGCCACGAUCAGCGAAAACCUCUGCUUAUACCAAAUACCAUAGAGAAUCCCGAACUCGCAAAGCUCAUUCGUUGUGCACUGGGGAACGAUGGAGAAGAGAUGGGUUCAGAAAGAUUAGUCUUGCGCCGCUGGGCUGCAAAAUACGACCCGGAGGUUGUUAUAAGAAACCUGAUCCUUGCUGCUGUCAAGGAUUGGGUUUUCAUGUCGUCUUUUCCAAAGUUAAACCCAAAAGCUGCCCCUUUAUUGGAAGCAUAUCGAGAAAGCGUCCAAACGCAUGGCAAGUCAUACCCCUUUUCACCAAACCGCGAUUUGUCAACUAAUAUCCGCCGGGAUAUGUAGAUGGUUGGAAGAGCUUGCAAAAUUUAGAAUUGGCAGCUCAUCACAAGUUGCUCACAAGCGCUUUCUUCCGAGAUAGAAUGAUCCUGAAAAAUAGGGCUGAGCACACAUCUCGUCUAUUGAAAGCACUGGCGCCCUUGUUUCUCCCCUCUAGCUCUGAACAAACAAAGGAAAAUAUUCAAUCUUGGGGUCACAACGACGAUACCAGUGAGGACCGUCGGUUCAGAUUGCAAGGGAUAUUCGAGGCAGCUUUAGCCUUGAAGGCGCGGACUUUACUAAGCGAGAACACAUUCGAGUUUGUGAUCCACAAACUCGGCACACCUGCAACCAAUCUCAAUGAACAGGCCCCAAACCUCUCCCUACUAGCGACAGUCCACAUGCAUCCUAGGGAAGAGUUUGGUAGAGGUGAUCAAAUGUCGGAUGCUUUGGUUAAUUCAAACACAUUCUUCGACAAGACUCAUCCAGGUGAAGGCUCUCUGAAGAGCUGUGAGCUGACAGUCCAGAGGCGAGACUUGCCACAAUGGAGUCCGAAUGUUUGGCAGAUGGAUAUCGCUGAUAACGAGGCACUAUUGUCCAGGCAACUUCAGCAGGAACCCAAUCCAAAGGGCCAACGAAAGUUCGUUGAAGCUGCUGAUUUGCAGACGCAUGAAAGAUAAUCGUGAGUGGUCUCAAAUCAAUUUGUUCGCAUCUUUGAAUGCCCGAACCAGAUGGCAAGACUAUAUGGCAGAUGCUUACGGUAUAACGUGCUAUUCACAGGUCUCCAGAUACACGGCAUAAAUGUGCAUAACGAGGUCGUGAAGCCGCCAACAGAACUGGGAACCAGACCACAUACCAUUCCGAAAGGAAAAGGCGAGUCACCAAUCGACUCCAGCAACCAGAUUAACAAAUCUCCAGGUCCCAAACAACCUGAUAUUUGUGCAAAGUUCAAUGACCUAGACCAGUCCGGAAGUAAAUCGAGUUACGCAGGCGACAAGAAGACCAGGAACCCAAAGAUCCAGCAACCCAAGUUACCUAAAGAAGGUCGAAAAGUAGCGAAGACCCUCCGUGACUUUAAAUGCGAUCUCUGUGUACGCCCGUUUACGAGGUUCCAGAAUAUGAAGAACCACCAAACUAGAGGUAAGUGUUCUCCGGCCUCGAAUUUGAGUAAAAGAGGCCUAACAUGCCCCAUAGGAGGCUGUCGGGGAUGCCCGCAUUGUGGACAGCCCAUUAAAGGGAGAUCAGCAUUGAUAGAGCAUAUUCUUGAGAAGCACCCAACAGCUUCCGAUAAUAACAGGGCAGGCAGCUCAUCACAUAGUUCCGAGAAUUUCUGUGGGCGGCCGAAAGAUGGAGAGCAGCAGGGUGGCAACGGUCAAGACACAGCUGAGAAUGGUUUAUAGCCCUCCUCCCUGUUGGAGAAAUAGAGCUAAUUGUGCAUCAAUAGCUGGAGC